AUGCAUCGAUACAAAGCUCUUGCUCUUCUUCUCGCUCACUUUACUCUGAGUCGUAUGUUAAACAUCACUUGCAUUGGAUCCAGCCAGCUAACUACGGUCUCCAAAACAGAAGCAGCAGCGUGUCCAGCCGGAGGAUGUGGCACUGCUCCGGCCUGCGUUCUCACCGACACCUGCACAACAGCGACAUUUGUUUCGCCCUCGACAACCACUAUUACAACUUGCGUCCCAACACCCACCUGCAUGGGGCCUCCUGUGAAUUCGGUAACCCAGCCAAGAAAUGCUGCUCGGGGUAUUGCGCUGCCAGCAAAUGUCGAUCAACAGACGAUACAUGGCCGUUUUGCAGCGAGGAUAAUGGGCCCUGCGUUGUCGAUGACCAUUGCUGUUAUGGGAACAUUUGCGUUAACGGGAUCUGUAGUCGACCAUGAUUUGCGGGCCUCUGGUAUACGAAGCGGUCUGUUAUAG